CACACCAAUCAGCCGCCGCGGUGCAUUUUGUAGAAUCAAAGCCGUAUAGAAAAGUUGCUCUGCUUGUUUGGGUUUGCUUUGGUGUUGAGCGACGCGUGUUUUGUGUGACCGUCCGUGACCGUCGCAAACAGAUAAACAUGAAACAGCCAAGACUUGAUCUUGAUCAAUUUCCCCACGACUUGACUUCAAAGACAUUCCUCGGAAAUCACAAUGUCCUAUCACCGUCUGCGAGUGGGAGGAGGAAGCUUGCUGUUCACUCCAACGUUACUGUACUUUGACACAGUCACACAAGGACACGCGAGGAGGAACAAUCACACUUAGAAGGAUAUCCCGAGGUCGAUGUAAGCAGUCUUCCUCUCCGGGAUGGACCCGCCCAUCUCCAGCUUGAGCUCAGGCCCCGGAGAGGGCCUGGAGCUCCAGCUCCGAGCGGACUUCUUCCGCAAGUUGGGUUACUCCACGGCAGAGGUCGACGCGGCGCUGUCCAAGCUGGGCCACUGCGCCGACACCAACGCCACGCUGGAGGAGCUGGUUCGGAUCCGCAACGUGGCACCCGGCAAAGAUCACCAAGAAGAGCUCAAGGAGGAUCGGGGCGAAGUGUCCAGACCUGUCAGAAUUGAGGACAAGAAGGCUGCGCAGUCCGACUUGAGGCCCAUCGUUAUUGACGGCAGCAACGUUGCCAUGAGUCACGGCAACAGCGAAGUGUUCUCAUGCCGAGGCAUCCAACUGGCGGUCGACUUCUUCCUGCAGAGAGGACACGCGGCCAUUACGGUGUUUGUUCCAUCUUGGCGGAAAGAGAAGAGCCGCCCCGACGCGGCCGUAAAGGAUCCACACAUCCUGAUGGAGCUGGAGAGGCAGAAACGCGUGGUGUUCACCCCGUCGCGGCGCGUGGAUGGCAAGUUGGUGGUGUGCUACGACGACCGCUACAUCGUCAAGUUGGCGUACGAGUCGGACGGCGUGAUCGUGUCCAACGACACCUACCGCGACCUGCAGGCAGAAAACCCCCAGUGGAAGCAAUGCAUCCAGGAGAGGCUCCUCAUGUACUCCUUUGUCAACGACAAAUUCAUGCCUCCAGAUGAUCCUCGAGGCCGUCACGGUCCCAAUCUUGACAACUUACUCAGUACAAAGCCACUGCCGUCUGAACAAAAGAGACAACUGUGUCCAUAUGACAAAAAGUGCACUUAUGGCAUGAAAUGUAAGUACUACCAUCCAGAGCGGGCCAACCGGUCCUAUCUCUCCUUGGCUGACCAACUGAGAGAAAAAGCCCAGUUAUCGCCCGUGAAGGAGGAUAUACACUCGCCACGGUCAAUGCCCGACCUCCAUCCGCCCAAACUCAACAUGUUGGAGCAUCAGUGGUCUUCUCACCACCCCGCUCAGGCGAGCAAAAACAAAGUCAUCUACUGGGAAGGUCCAAGUCUUGCUCCGUCUUCUGGACACCAAGAGUAUUCUGGACCCAGUUCGGCUCAUGAGUACUUGGACUCCGGCCUGGGCUCCUCCAUAAGUCAGCACUCUGAUGUCUACCUCGGAAACCCGCACAGGCUCGAAAGCGCUGAACCCAGACCGUCCUGCGGGUGCCACGGAAACUGGGACUCUGCGGGUCCGUUCUCAUUCCCGGCUGGCGCGGCGCAGAACCACGGUGCGCCCUCGGCUUACUGGUCGGAUCCUUUUUGUGCGUUGCCCCAAGUUCCGGGCCCACUGGGCUCCCCGCAGCACCACAGCUUUGGUUCCUCCUGCUUGAGGCGGCGGCAGCAGCAGCAGCACCCCGCCUGCACCCAGCAGCACUUGGACCCCCAAAGACUCGAACUCUGCAAGAAACUGCAGGCCAUUUUCAGCCCUCAACAGGUGGCUACGGUGAUGCGCAUGUUCCCGCACGUGACAAACGCAGAGAAACUGGCCGCCGAGAUCGUCAACCAGAAGACUCUGAGUGGCAUGUUCCUCUAAAAUUGAUUGGAAGCUUCUUUUAUCCGGCCGGGAUGGGGGGGAACUUAUGACCCAAUGUGCAAUCGUAAGAACAAAUAAAACCUCAAAUAAACCUGCUUAAGUCAUU